AUGCGAAUCUUGAGCUUCACCUUGCCUCUUGUCCACCUCUGUCUUGCGGUUCCCAACCUCAACCAACCGCGAGGCAACGAUGAGCCCUUGGACCGGCGGACGCAUGUCACGGUCAGGCGUAGUCAACGGCAGCAACAUGUUUUGAAUCCUCUCUCUUGGGAAUAUGUGGAAAGGCCUGAUAUCAAGUUCCCACAUCGCCCUGACCAUCAAGCUUCUGGAUUCAUUGCGCUUGGCGACUCUUACUCGGCAGGCAUCGGCACUGGGUUCAACGGGACGGAAAACGAAUGUCGUCAAGGCUUACACGCCUACCCCAUUCUCAUACAUAAUGAUCUCAACCACGCCCGAGGUCACCAUGAUGUUGCCCCAGAGAUGCAGUUUCUAUCAUGCACAGGCUCCACCAUUGGCGAUAUGCUCGCCGGCUCCGACCAUAGUCAGAUUGAUGGCUUAAAUGCCACUUCUGGUGCAGAUUUUGCACUGCUAUCUAUUGGCGGAAAUGACCUUGGGUUUUUUGAUAUUAUGAAUAGCUGUAUCUUCCGUUUUUACAGUUUCUAUUCAGGGACUUGCGAAGAAGCUUUGCGGAGAUCUGAAACAGCUCUCGAGGGCCCAGAUUUUGAACAUCACCUUCGUCUGGUAAUCAUGGAAAUCCUGGACAGUGUCCAGUGGGAGAAGAGACCGUGGUUUACCAUUACCGUUUCCGGGUACGCCCGCUUCUUCAACGAGCAAACCGAAGAUUGCGACGAACGGUCAUUUGGAGUAUGGUGGCGUGGCCCAAAGCUAAAACGAGAACUUCGCCGCAGAAUGAACAAGAUGGUUCUUUCAGUCAAUGACAAGAUACAAAGCUCAAUAAACGCCAUAAAUGCCGAUUUCACAGAGCCAAGGGUCAUGUUUGUAGACUACGAUGAUCUAUUUGAUGGCCAUCGUUUCUGCGAACCCAACGUUACCGAACCAGACUAUUCCAGGAACGAAACAUGGUUCUUUCUGGUUGGUGGACAAGACAACCACCAAGGGUUUCAAAUACAAAGAGCAGCCUUCAACAAGCAUGAACCAAUACUUUCUCAGAAUUCGCCCCUGCUUGACCCAGAAACAUGUUUGUCUCCUGCUCAGAGAUCAGGCGAUUGGGGUGAGCUGGCGCUGUGUUUAAUGUCCAAGGCUGCCAAGGAAGACCCAAACCUCCGAACCAGCCAAGGCGAUCUUGUUACCCAAAGCUCCAUGUGGUAUGUGCCGACAUAUUAUGGCAAGACAUUUCACCCGCGGACGAUGGGCCACAUGGCAAUUCGCAACAAGAUAUACGACCUCUGGAGUGGAUUGGAUUAA